GCCGCUGGGGGCAGGCGUGAGCCGGCAGCUGGGCGGCUGGCGCUGCCUGUCCAGUCCUCCGGGCUCGGCGGAGGAGAGACGGCGCAGAAUCGCGCGUCGGUAGCAUCGGGUUGCUACACACAGACGCCAGCGCAGGCGGUCCGUCACACCCCCCCCCCCCGACACCAGCGCUGGCAGAGGCGCCGGAGCGGAGUCGCGUUGGGAAGCCCGUGCGAGCAGCCGGCGGGGAUGGCCAGCCCGUGUUUGACGCAGACACGCGGGGGUCGCCCGGCGCUGGCAGCGACGCGAGGGACCGAGUCGCAGGCUGGGCUGCUCCGCCGGUGGUGAACAUGACAGCCCGCACGGACGGCCGCAGGGUGUAAUCGUUUCGGCGUCCGCGAUCGAAAUAAGCGAAAAAAUGGGGACCCGUGAGGCAGGAGCAUGGACUACAACGACAGCGCCCUUGUCCUCUCCUGUCCUGCUGGUGAAGAUGGUUAAGCCAGACAUCCACACUCUGGCCCAUCACCUCAAGCAGGAGCGGCUCUACGUCAACUCGGAGAAGCAGCUCAUCCAGAGGCUCAACGCGGAGGUGCUCAAGACGGCCGAGAAGCUGUACCGCGCGGCCUGGAUCGCUAAGCAGCAGAGGAUCAACUUGGACCGAUUCAUCCUCACCAGUGCCGAGGCCUCGCCCGCGGAGUGCUGCCAGCAUGCCAAGAUCUUGGAGGACACGCAGUUUGUGGAUGGCUACAAAACCCUGGGCUUCCAGGAGAGCAUCUAUGGGGAGUUCCUCAGCCGCCUGCGAGAGAACCCGCGGCUCGUGGCGUCUUGCCUGGUGACUGGAGAGAAGCUAAACCAGGAGCACACCCAGGGGGUCACGCACACGGUCUUCACCUCCCUGUACGGCAACUGCAUCAUGCAGGAAGACGAGCACUACCUGCUUCAGGUGCUGCGCUACCUGAUCGAGUUCGAGCUGAAGGAGAGCGACAACCCCCGGCGCCUGCUGCGCCGCGGCACCUGCGUCUUCAGCACCCUCUUCAAGCUCUUCUCCGAGGGCCUGUACUCGGCCAAGCUCUUCCUCACCGCCACCCUGCACGAGCCCAUCAUGCAGCUGCUGGUGGAGGACGAGGACCACCUGGAGACGGACCCCAGCAAGGUGACCGAGCGCUUCACCCCCGCCCAGCAGGAGCGGAUGUUCGGCGACAAGGGCUCCGAGGGCUACCGCCGCAAAGUCCAGGAGAUGGUGGAGUCCAACGAGGCCAAGCUGGUCGCCCUGGUCAACAAGUUCAUCGGCUACCUGAAGCAGAACACCUACUGCUUCCCCCACAGCCUGCGCUGGAUUGUGUCGCAGAUGUACAAGACGCUGUCGUGCGUGGAGAGGCUGGACCUGGGCGAGGUGCGGACCAUGUGCACCGACCUCCUGCUCACCUGCUUCAUCUGCCCGGCCAUCGUCAACCCCGAGCAGUACGGCAUCAUCUCGGACGCCCCCAUCAACGAGGUGGCCAGGUUCAACCUGAUGCAGGUGGGGCGGCUGCUGCAGCAGUUGGCCAUGGCGGGCACUGAUGAGGGGGACCCCCGUGUGAAGAGCAGCCUGUCCAAGUUUGAUAAGAGCUGUGUCGCUGCAUUCCUGGAUGUGGUGAUUGGUGGGCGGGCAGUGGAGACCCCGCCCAUGUCCUCUGUGAACCUAUUGGAAGGACUAACGAGGACUGUAGUGUACAUUGCUCAGGGUCAGCUGCUAGCACUGGUGGAUUUCGUGCGGAACGUGAUGUCCGGCGACCAGCUGCGCGAGGAGGAGAGACUGGCCCUGGAGACUCUGCUGGCCAACGUCCCGCAGUCCCGGCCGGGCAAGAGCAACAGCCUGGAGCUCACCCCCUCCAACACCCCCCAGCUCUCCCCCGCCACCACCCCCGCCAACAAGAAGAACCGGCUGCCCAUAGGACAACACUUAGCAGCUAUUACCUGCUGGGAUCCCUCCUCCGCCAACCUGUCUGCACACAUUCCCUUAGUAACCCCUUUCGCUGCCUCGCGAAGCCGCAGCAGGUCUAAUAUCGCGCAGGACCAGCAGGGGGAGCUAGAGGCCUGCUCCCAGGACUCCCUGCAGGAAGUGAUGCCAGAGGAAGUGCUGGUCAUCUCCCUGGGCACCGCCCCUCAGACUGUUCCGGGGAUGAUGUCAGAGAAUGAGGUGUUGACGCUGCAGAUGGCGGAUGGUGGGCAGGGAGAGGUUCCUGUGGACGACACCAAGCUGCACGGCAAGCCGGACAAAACCCUGCGUUUCUCCCUCUGCAGCGACAACUUGGAGGGGAUAUCCGAAGGGCCCUCCAAUCGCUCCAAUUCGGUGUCCUCGCUGGAUCUGGAGGGCGAGUCGGUGUCGGAGCUCGGGGCCGGACCGUCGGGGAGCAAUGGAGUGGAGGCGCUGCAGCUCCUGGAGCACGAGCAAGCCACGACGCAGGACAAUCUGGACGACAAGUUAAGGAAGUUUGAGAUCCGGGAUAUGAUGGGGCUGACAGACGACCGGGACAUUUCGGAGACGGUUAGCGAGACCUGGAGCACCGACGUGCUGGGAAGUGAUUUCGAUCCCAACGUGGACGAGGACAGGCUGCAGGAGAUCGCUGGAGCGACUGUGGAGAACAUGUUGGGUAGCCUUCUGUGUCUGCCGGGCUCAGGGUCGGUUCUGCUGGACCCGUGCACCGGAUCUACCAUCUCCGAGACGACCAGUGAGGCCUGGAGUGUGGAGGUGCUUCCCAGCGACUCGGAGGCCCCGGACCUGAAGCAGGAGGAGAGGCUGCAGGAGCUGGAGAGCUGCUCGGGGGUGGGCAGCACGUCCGACGACACGGAGGUCCGGGAGGUGGGCUCGCGGCCGAGCACCCCAGGGCUCAGCGCCGUCUCAGGUAUAAGUGCAACGUCGGAAGAUAUCCCGAAUAAGAUUGAGGAUCUGCGUUCGGAGUGCAGCUCGGACUUCGGAGGGAAGGAUUCUGUGACCAGUCCGGAUGGAGAGGAAUCUGGACACGGAGCACACCAUCUGACAUCGCCACCUUCUCAAGUGGACUCGCUGCUGGCCAUGUUCGAUCCCCUCGCCAUGGGUGACGGAUCUGCAACGUCCACAGUGGUCCGACCGAAGGUGCACUAUGCCCGGCCCCCACACCCGCCCCCAGACCCCCCUAUCCCGGAGGCGUUUGCCACAGGCCAGGAGCCCCGGCUGUCCAUGUUCGUGCCACAUGGGCUGUCGCAGGCUGAGCUGGAGCAGGGCAAGCAGCGCCACUCGUACCCGGACCGGCUGGUGCGCAGCCGGAGCUCUGACAUCAUGUGCGCCGCGCGCCGGCCCACCAGCGACCCCGGGCUGAACCGGCGGCCCAACCUGGAGGAGAGGGACCUGCCGGGGGGCGUCCCGGCCCAGGGCGUCUUCACCAUGGGGCACAGCUCCUCCCCCAGCAAGGACUCGCUGAAGGGAGAGGCGGAGGACAGAAAAGACAGCGAUGAUGAAAAGUCCGAUCGGAACAAACCCUGGUGGAAGAAGCGCUUUGUUCCUGCAAUCCCUAAAGUGCUGUACUGGGCGGCCGAGAGCGAAGCCACAGGUCCGAUGGCAUUUCGAAAGAAGGACAAACAGGAGAAGGAGGAUCAGGGUCCUGACCGUGUCCCUCUUACAGAAGAGCCGGUGUCCAGGUUAACCCCGCAGGUGCAAGCAGCAGAAGACAUCCUGGACAAGUACAGGAACAUCAAGAGGAUGGGCCCCAGCGAGGGCGUGGUGUCUGCAUCCUACGAAGGCCCUGAGCCCUGCGGGGAAGGGGAGAGUGUCCACGGACCCGCGCGCGAGGAGGCUCUGCAGAACAUCUCCGCGGACGACCUGCCCGACUCCGCCAGCCAGGCCGCCCAGCCACAGGACUCCAAAUUCUCCUUCAGUGAUGCCAAGAAGAAGCUGCGGAUGGCCCUGUGCUCCGCGGACUCCGUUGUCUUUCCGAUUCUGACUCAUCCCACCACCAGGAACGGGCUGCCGGACCACACUGACCCGGAAGAGAACGAGAUUGUCUGCUUCCUGAAGGUCCAGCUGGCAGAAGCCAUCAACCUCCAGGACAAGAACCAGAUGGCCCAGAUCCAGGAGACGACGCGCUGCGUGAGUCGCUUCGACAGCCGCACCUGCAAGAAGCUACUGGCCGCCAUAGCUGAAGACUACAGGAAGAGGGCUCCGUACAUCGCCUACCUGACGCGCUGCCGGCAGGGCCUGCAGACCUCCCAAGCCCACCUGGAGCGGCUCCUGCAGAGAGUGCUGAGGGACAAGGAGGUGGCCACCCGCUACUUCACCACCGUCUGCGUCCGGCUGCUGCUCGAGAGGAUGGAGUCCAGGAUGCUCAACUUCAUAAACGCGUUCCAGGCCUGUACCGCCGCCGACGACAAGACGGCCGCCGUGGAGGACUUCCUGCGGGACCUGUACGGCGCGAUGGCCCACGAUGCCAUCUGGCAGUACGCCAGCGAGGAGCAGCUCCAGGACGCGCAGAUGGCCAUCGAGCGCAGCGUCAUGAACCGCAUCUUCAAGCUGGCCUUCUACCCCAACCAGGACGGGGACACCCUGCGCGACCAGGUCUUGCAGGAACACAUCCAGCGUCUCUCCAAAGUGGUGACGGCCAAUCACAAAGCUCUCCAAAUCCCCGAGGUCUACCUGCAGGAGGCCCCCUGGCCAUCGGCGCAGGCCGAGAUCCGGACGAUCAGCGCCUACAAGACCCCCCGGGACAAGGUGCAGUGCAUCCUGCGCAUGUGCUCCACCAUCAUGAACCUGCUGAGCCUGGCCAACGAGGACUCUGUCCCGGGGGCCGACGACUUUGUGCCCGUCCUGGUCUUCGUCCUGAUUAAGGCUAACCCUCCCUGUCUGCUGUCCACCAUCCAGUACAUCAGUAAUUUCUACGCCAGCCGGCUGAGUGGGGAGGAAUGCUAUUGGUGGAUGCAGUUCACGGCAGCAGUGGAAUUCAUCAAGACCAUCGACGAUCGCAAGUGAGGCAGAACGCCACCUGUAUCGACAGACUGUUAGGGAGGAGCCAGGAGGCCUGUAGACCAGCUGCUUCCCAGCCCCGCGCAGAAGACCUGCUUCUCCAGCCUGUAAUAUUUGUACAUAGAGUAGAGACGUUUAAAAAAGUGAAAUUACGAACUAUAAGAGACAAAGAUGCAACUUUUACUCAAAAAUAAAAAUCAGCCAACCAGAAAAAA